AUGGACCAAGUCGAAUAUGCCAACUUUGCAAUUCAAUACGCAAAGGAUCACCCUGAGGUUUACGCUGCAUAUAUGGCAUCUAAACAGGGAGAGAAACUAAUUUCGAAACCCACGCAUGAACUACCGGAGAACAUUACAGUCUGGGACAAUGCAUUCAAAAUUGAGUUUCAUGAGCCCGCCAAGUUCCUGACUGGGUUGAUUGACCGCUUAAAAGAAGUCGCCAGUGACAGUGUAUCUUACAAUUACUUGGCUGUUGUCCAGUCGUCUGGCUACGGGAAGACCAGAUCGAUUUGCGAACUUUCAUCGAAAGGGAUUCCUCUAAUAUAUGUGUGUUUUCGUAGCAAAGGUUCAACCGGUUAUCCACCGGCAACGCCGAUGAGUGAUAUUAUGUUGAAAGAAUUGAAGGCUGCUGAAGAUAUAAAUACUGCCCAUGCAGCAGCAGGACAGUGGAUCCGGGCCAUGAUGAAAACAUAUUAUGAAAUGGAUCUGUUCUCAAAACCUGCGGGCUUACUAAGUAAAAAGGAGUCAGAGGCCGCUUUCUGGAAUAAAGUUUCUGAUAGUAAAAAGUGGAUUGUUGAGAAUAAGAUUUCUGGAGAAAAGUUUGGAUUGAGCACAAGCAAACAGAAAAUACAUAUCUUUUUCGAUGAAGCUUCUUCUUUAUUCAAUAAAGAUAAGACUAAUUAUGGAGAAACAAAUAUACCGUUUAGGGCCGUUCGUCGAGCACUCAGAGAUAAUCGCCUUUAUGUAGUUGGGAUCUUAACUGACACAAACUCUUCCGUUGUCAAUUUGGCGCCCUGGAAAGAAAUGGGCCCUUCAGCGAGAGACUAUAACCUUGAAACACACAAACCGUUUAUCUACAUAGCGACAACAGACUGUUUGAGGAACGUGAACGGAAUCCCACAGAUAGAACAUAGUGAAGGAUACGAUAUUAUCAGAUUCGGUCGACCACUGUGGAGCUCUUAUUGGUUAGCGGCACCUGAUGAUACCGACAAGUUUGAUAGUGCGGUGCGGCUUGCAAUACACAAACUCCUUGGUGGAGCAUCCGCUUGGAGUCAAAUUGAAGAUUAUAGGCUAAAGCGUACAGCAGCUCUCGCUCUACGAGCAUCAGACCUUGUCAAGGCACAUAUGGGCACACUUGUCGCCAUUGAUAAAGAACGGAAGAGGCUUCUUGUUACAUAUCCAUUUGAACCAGUUCUUUCAGAAGCUGCACUCGAAGUGCUUUCUGAGGAAAAUAGUGAAGUUGAAAUUUUGAGGGAACUGGAUGGAGCCUUCCAGUCUGGUGGAAUUCUGGAAGCCGGAUGCCAGGGCGAGUUGGUCGCAAGAUUGUUGGUGUUGAGUGCUUGGCGUCGCUUGAUAUGCCACAAAAGAUGCGAAGUGAGAGUGUCAUUCUCGAUCCGUCAGCCGGUCCUCGACUUUCUGGAUGAACUAAUAGUGAAAUUUCCAAGGAAGAAAUGUUUACAACUUGAUGGUUUUAGAAUAGGAUUCUCUCAUUUUAUUUCCCUUACUUAUAAGCCAGAUAAGGAGACUUGUAAGGAGAUAUGGAGCCGGCGUGGAGCCAUUGUCUUCAAACGCAAUCAAAAAGGCGCAGAUUUAGCGAUACCAAUUAUUCGUGAAAGCGAUAAGGCCUUGGGUGCUCUGAUUUUUCAGAUUAAGAACUACAAUAGUGCAAAGCAAAAUCGAUUUGAAGAGACACAUGCUGUCAAGACGUUAUUAUCACUCGAAGUGAUGUUUGCUGACGAUUGUUGUGCUGAUAUUGAGAAGAAUUAUCUGGGUAUUUUCGUGCAUCUUGGGUCUGCUUAUGAAAGUGAAUCUGGGACAAACGUAAGCAAUUAUGAUAAUGGCAAGCUGUCCGAGGAAUGUGAUUCUGGAAAUCGUCUCAUUAUCCAUGGCCUGAAGGUCUUCAAACUUGACGACAACCAUGAAAGCAUUUUUAAAAAUCUUUUGCGUGCAUGGAAUGACCCAGGCCGGCUAUGUGUUACAGACAUUGAAAGGAAAUGUUUAUAUCAGCUACUACCUUCAGGUCGUUGGAUGAAGAAACAAAAACAGUUAAGAGGACAAGACCAAGGAAAAAAGACAAAGGCUGAAGCAGUAAAUAAAAGAAAGGCUAUUCUUGUUUAA